AUGUCUUCAUCAUCAUCAUCACCAAAAAAACAAUUAACCAUUCUUUUUACACCAAUUGAUGGAUUUGGUCAUGUUCAUGCUUGUAUUGGAAUAGCUGAAGCACUUAAAAAGCGUGGACAUCGAAUUGUCUUUGGAGUAGCACCAGGUUGGAAAGGAAAAUUAUUGCCUUAUGGUUUUGAGGAAAUUUUGUAUGGUGAAGAAACAAAACCAUCAGAAAUAUUUACAAAUAUAGUUAAAACUUUUGGUAAUGAGUUACGAAAAAAUUCUUAUGAUCAAUUAGAAAUUUUUCACAAUUAUGCUCAAUGUAAUUUUGUAAAUAUGGCUAAAAAUGGCGAUCCGCUUCUUCUUGAUUUAGUAAAGAAAGUAAAACCUGAUAUUAUUAUUUUUGAUCAUUAUGUUUGUCAACCAUCAUUAGUAACAGCAGGAGUACCAUGGAUUUGGUUAUUCUCACCUAAUCCAUUAGGUCUCAAUGAAGAAAAUUGUCCACCUCGUAAUUCAGGUUAUCCAACUGAUAGUGAUCAUAAUCAAUGGGAUAGAUUUAGAAAAGAAGUUAAAAGAAUUUAUGAACCAUUAUGGGAAGAAUUUAAUCAAUGGUUAAUAGAACAAAGUGCACCACCAUUGACUAAACAAAUGUGGCCAUUUUUUCAAAAUCCAUCACCUUAUCUAAAUCUUUAUUUGUAUCCAGAAGAAAUAGAUUAUACUGAUUUACGACCAAGUCCACUCAAAUGGUUUAGAUGUAAUGCAUCAGUAAGAACAUCAGAAUCAAAGGAUGAAUUUCAAUUAUCAGAAAAUUUAACCAAUAAACCAGGAAAAUUAAUCUAUAUGUCAAUGGGUACAAUUGGUUCUGCAGAUUUAUUAUUAAUGAAACGGUUAAUAGAAAUUUUAGGAAAAUCUCCUCAUCGGUUUAUUAUCUCAAAAGGUCCACUAGGGGAUGAAUAUUCAUUGCCUGAUAAUAUGUGGGGUGAAAAAGUGGUUCCACAAAUAAAAAUUUUACCUAUAGUGGACUUAGUAAUUACUCAUGGUGGUAAUAGUACAAUCAAUGAAACUCUUUAUUUUGGUAAACCAUCAAUUAUUUUACCACUUUUUUAUGAUCAAUUUGAUAAUGCACAACGUUUGCAAGAAAAAGGAUAUGGUAUUCGAUUGGAUUCUUAUUAUUGUUCUGAAGAAGAGCUAUUGAAUGCAAUUGAAAAAUUAUUGGUUGAUAAAGAAUUAACAGAAAAAUUGAAAAUAAUGUCCAAAAAAAUGAAAGAAACAGACAAUAGAUCAAAAGUUGCAGAAUUAAUUGAAGCUUUAGUAUAA